AUGGUCAGACCUGGGCGGAGCCUCUUAGUUGUCCUGUUUGCCCUGGUGCGUGCCAACCCACCUGCCAAUGUCACCUGGAUCGACCAGGAUGGGCCGGUGAUUGUCAACACCUCCGACUUCCUGGUGCUAGACGCCCAGAACUACCCCUGGCUCACCAACCACACCGUGCAGCUGCAGCUCCGCAGCCUGCCGCACAACCUCUCGGUGGUGGCCAGCAACGAUGUGGGAGUCACCAGUGCCUCGCUUCCGGCGCCCGGGCUCCUGGCCACCCGGGUGGAAGUGCCACUGCUGGGCAUCGUCGUGGCUGGAGGGCUUGCCCUGGGCACCCUAGUGGGGUUCAGCACCUUGGUGGCGUGCCUGGUCUGCAGGAAAGAGAAGACCAAAGGCCCCUCCCGGCGCCCAUCUCUGAUCUCUAGUGACUCCGACAACCUGAAACUCAACAACGUGCGCCUGCCGCGGGAGAACAUGUCCCUCCCGUCCAACCUGCAGCUCAACGACCUCACUCCGGAUUGCAGAGGGAAACCAGCAGACCAGCAGAUGGCUCAGAAUAGCAGCCGGCCAGAGCUUCUGGACCCAGAGCCCGGCGGCCUCCUCACCAGCCGAGGCUUCAUCCGCCUCCCAAUGCUGGGCUACAUCUAUCGAGUGUCCAGCGUGAACAGCGAUGAGAUCUGGCUCUGAGCUAAGGAUGGGACAAGUGCCCUCCUGGCCCCGCUGCACCCUCCCACUCCUGCUCCAAGGCAUCCCGGGCCUGGCCACGCCACCGCCACUUGGCUGCCUCCUGGCUGUUGUGCCCUCUGAUGCGUUUCACUGGGCCCUGACACACAGGGGCACAGAUGUCCUCUUGCCUGAGCCCUUGUGCUCACUCAGGCUGGGGACCGCAUGAGAUGGCUGGGCCCAGGCAGGGGGGCUCUUCCGUCAGGUGGGUUCCCUCGUCACCCGGCAUCCAGGUGUGGCGUGGCCUGCAAGGCCCCCGUCCCGAUACUCCUCUGCACCUGUACAGUAGGCAUGGGGCUGCCUGCGUGGGGGGACAGGGAGGGUCCUGCACGUUCUGGACCUUCCUGUGCUAUGUAGCUUUGUUCCCUCAGGGAAAUGUAGGACCCACCCCCCCAGCUGCCCAGCCCAUCUGCCCUCCACACAGGAGCCGGCCCCUGGCCCCGGGGCCCUGGCCAAGCACAGCCUGGUCCCUUUUGCUGCACACCUCUCUGUCCUCUGUCCCCUUGCCCUGCCUCCUCCCGGGCAUCAAAGAUUAUACACUGGACUUACUCCACGGGGCCCUAGACGACCCCAAAGGCCUGGCCCCUGGCAGUGCCAGUGCCUGGUGUUGGCACAAGUCAGGGUAGAAGGAGGAGGUGACAAGUCCGUGGCACUCAGGACAGCAUGUAGCUAUGCAUCACUUUCACAGUGUUGGCACUUUAAGCACAGCCCCCAGGGAAGGGGGUGAGCGAGGGCCCCAGAGCCCCGAGUUUGACCUCUCUGGCAUUCACUGUGAGCGACUGAGGCUCAGGAUCGAUGGUGGCUUUCUCUCUCUGCAUGUCUUCCCCUCGGUGGGACCCAGGCCCCGGCCACGCCCUGGCUGCCCCACCCUCUGCACUUUAGGGGCUGGUCCCCACAGGCACAGAACGCAGUGGUGCCAGCAGUUCCGGGGGUUGUGGAGAGAGAGGGAGCCCACAAACCCCCCAAAGCAACCUAAGAAUGCUGUAAAAAGCAACGUGGCGAUGACAGGAGAGCACCAGGUGCAGUGUGUUUCUCCCCUGUUGAGGUCUUAUUUUAUAAUUUUUCCCAUGUUACUGCCUAGGACAGUGCGAAGCACAAAGUAAAUUCCAUAAACUUGACUGAAUGGA